AAAUUUAUUUAAAAUAUUAAUAAAAUUAAACCGGAGAUGCCUUUACCAAGUGGAAAUAAAGAACCAGAUGACAGUCAAACAUGGGAAUUAGCAGAAAGAUGUCUUCUUCCAAUUGCAUUUUCACAUGCAAUCGCAGUCAUUUUAGCAACUGUUUUAAAUACAUUAAAUAUAUCACAAACAUCUAGUUUUGUGCUUUUUCUAUUGUUAUUAGUUAUAUCCAUAGGGUCUACAUUGUUUUAUCACAAUCUGAAGGUAACUGCUGCAGGGAAAGCAGUUCUCAUUACAGGAUGUGAUUCAAGAGUUGGAUAUACUUUGAGUAAACAAUUAGAUGAAUUGGGAUUUACCGUUUUCGCGGGAUUUAACACCAAAAAUGAAGAUGAAGCAAUGCAAAAAUUAAAGCAAGAAGCUUCUGGCAGAUUACAUGUAUUGCAACUGGACAUAACUAGUGAACAUGAUAUCCACUCAACUUUUCUUUAUGUGAAUGAAAAUUUGCCAGAUGGUGCACCAGGUCUAUGGGCAUUAGUCCAUGCUGCUGCUUGGGUAACUCUAGGUGAAUGUGAAUGGGUACCCCCUUCCAUAUUAAAACGUAGCAUAGACAUUAAUUUCAUCGGCCUUGCUCGCUUAACUCAAGUUUUUUUACCUCUAAUCAGAAGAUCAAAAGGUCGUGUUGUAUUGGUCAGCAGCCUUCUAGCUCGAAUACCAAGUCCUGUUCGGGGUAUUUAUUGUGCAGUUAAGGCUGCAGUUGAAGCUUGGGGAGCUUGUCUUAGAUUAGAAAUGAGAAGAUGGGGUGUGGAUGUGGUUAUUGUUGAGACCAGUGAAUAUGUAUCUGGAAAUGCAUGGUUAAAAGAUAACAGUGCAUUAUUAGAACAAGCUAGAGAAAUGUGGACUCAAUUAGAUCCCCAAACCCGCAAGGAAUAUGGAGAAGAACUAUUUCAAAAAGAAAUGUUAGCUCUUGAAAAAUAUACACAAGGAGUAGAAGCUGAUUUAACCCCAGUAACCAGAGCCUUAACAGAUGGGGUGAUGAAAACUUUUCCAAUGAGAAGGUAUGCACCAGUUUCACGUAAAGAAAAAAUACAAGCUUUGUGUAGUGAUUAUCUUCCAAAACCAGUUUAUGAUAUAUUAUAUACAAACUAAAAAUGAAAAUCUCAGAGUACAGACGAUGCUAAAUAAAAGAUUAUUUAAAGCACAUGCUUUACUUAUUAAAUACCAUUAAAUGUCAUUUGAAAUCUAA